GUAAAUUAUUGUUAAACUAUCCGAGUUUUCAGUGUGAUAGCUCGCGUCCUAAAAAGUUGUGAUUUGCGAAAGAAAGUUUCUAACUUUUAUACGUUUUGAGAUUUUAAAUGGCCAAAGAUGCGUGUCAGGGAUACGAAUUGUGUGUUGUUGAUGUGCGUUUUGUUCGUUUGCGGGCACGUUAAUGAUGUUGAGGAAUCGGGACAUUCGUUGGAGUUAACCCAGUCCUUGAACUUGGGCCGGCAGGAAUUGAUUCAACAGGCGUGUGCACAUUUCCCGCCGAGCUAUUCCCUGGAGGACCUGCAGCCUACCGAGUUGGAGCACAUUCUUGUGGACGAUGAGCACAAACUUUUAUAUUGUUACGUGCCAAAGGUGGCCUGUACUAAUUGGAAGAGAAUACUCACGAUCCUGAGUGGCAGAUGGAAGAAUAACACUGAUGUCCUAUCCGUCCCCGCCAACGAAGUCCACGAGCGUGGACUGUUCCGAAGUUUAGACUCCGUGAACAAGACAGAGAGAGACUUCAUGCUGGACACUUAUCACAAAAUGAUUAUAGUCAGAAAUCCGUUUGAAAGACUGUUGUCAGCUUAUAGAAAUAAAUUGGAGGGCGAAAGUCAGAGUGCCAAGUAUUUUCAAGACCGCGUAGGCCGUCGCAUCGUGAAGGCGUUUCGUGAGAACCCGACGAACGAGUCUCUCGCGCUGGGCCAUGACGUCUCCUUCAAAGAGUUUGCGCUCUUCCUCACAAACCAGUCCAAAGAGCUGGCCGACGUGGUCAGCAACGAGCAUUGGCGCCCUAUUACCAGCUUGUGCCACCCUUGUCACAUCAAGUACACUUUAGUUGGCAAAUACGAAACGCUACUGGACGACUCCCUCCUGGCACUCCACACAAUCAACGCUUCACAUAUUCGCUUCCCUCACCUGGACCACACGUCAGGAACUUCAGAAAAACUUCGCAAGUAUUAUUCACAAUUAGACCUGCCUCUUAUUAGACGUUUGUACAAACUCUAUGAGCACGACUACCGAAUAUUUAACUAUGACAUUGACAACAUCGUAGGUUUCAAUUUAGGAUAAGAGACAUACAGUUGCAUGUCCCAGUUCUGAUAAUCAGAAGUGGGAUAUGCGUAGAUUUUUGUGCUGUAGUGUAGUAACGCUGUUUUGUACAAUGAACUGCUAAUCCAGAGUACAAUUUGUUGACCAUAUUAACCAAUGUUACUUUCGUGUUUUUGCUACAAUGAAGUCUUCGUCAACGAAGCGCAUUAUCUCAAAUAUUUGAUUUAACACCUAAGUUGUUGGCGAUUGUCACCUAAUAAGACUUAUGGCCAACUACUAAAUCUACAAUUACAGCUUAUUGACGUAAAUACAUAACACAUUUAAUUAACGAUCUUGUGCAACUCAAGUUAAGUUCUAAUCGAUGUCUACCAUACAGAAAUGUUUAACAAUUCUCAAAUAAUGCAUACUUUAUGUAAUUCGUACUUAGUAGAUGUGCACUCAAACAAAGUUUCUUACUAGACAGUAGUAGACUUGUAGUCGAAUUUUUAAUUAGAAACCAGAAAUUGAACUAUUAGUGACUGAGCUAAUGUCACUUUGAAAUAUAAUCACUGCUUUUCAAAAAUACU